UCCCGCGUUAAGAACGACGAUGGAAAAUGAGGUAGCCAUAUUGUGGUCGCAACAAGAAUAGCAAGUCAGAGAGGUUCAAAAACAGUGAAAGCAAUUGGGGGUUCUUUGCAAAUUAAUUUACGGCUCGUAGGGAGAACGCCGGUUUUUUUGCUCUUAAAAGAUCAUAGUCUAAAAAGACAAAAUGAGUGGAGGAACUCCCUAUAUCGGUAGCAAAAUCAGCCUAAUCUCGAAGGCCGAGAUUCGCUACGAGGGGAUCCUUUACACUAUUGAUACCGAAAAUUCUACUGUCGCACUUGCGAAAGUUCGCUCGUUUGGGACAGAGGACCGGCCUACGGACAGGCCCAUCCCGCCUAGGGAUGAGAUCUUCGAGUACAUCAUCUUCCGAGGCAGCGACAUCAAGGACCUCACUGUGUGUGAACCCCCCAAACCCACAAGCUCUCACCCCCAGGAUCCUGCUAUAGUCCAGUCUUCCUUGGGUUCAGCUCCACCACCUGCUGCUGCCCCCGCUCCACCCUUCCAGCCAGGGGGGUCUUAUGGUCUGUUCAACCGGGCCCCGGUGCCCCAGUACGGCCAGUUCACCACCCCCCCCCUCGUCUCCCCGCAGUUUGGAGCCGUCGGUGUCGGUAAGAGCCGCAGCGCGGGUCUUUAUGGUCGCUCCAGCCCUUCCCUGGAUCCCCUGAGGAAGAGUCCCACCCUGGACCAGGCUGUCCAAGCAACACCGUCCGUAGCCGCUCCAGCGCCUGGCUUGACCCGUCGGAGCCCAGCCCCCAGCCGUACCGCCCCCCCCCCAGCUGCCACCGGCCACAGGGUCCAGCACCUGGACGGGCCGGACCUGAGGAGGGCUGAGCCCGCCAGGGGAGGUCGCAGCAGCACCCAGGGCUGGCCCGCGCCCCGCAACGCCCCUGCCUCUCACAACAUCUCUGCAGACAGGGCUUCCACUGCAGGGCUUAUCCACUCCAUCUUCAGCUCCUCAGCUGGCGCUGCCCCCGCCAACCGGCGAGGCCGUGGAGGCGGGCACCGCGGAAGGGGCCGCUUCAACGUGCGCCGAGAUGGGCCUAUGAAGUUCGAGAAGGACUUUGACUUUGAGAGUGCCAACGCCCAGUUCAACAAGGAGGACAUAGACAAAGAGUUCCAGAGCAAGCUGAAGCUGAAAGAUGAGAAAACGGAGAAGCCGGAGAAUGCGUUGAACGGCGAGGACAAGGGUGACUCGGGGGUGGAGACCCAGAACAGCGAGGGGAACGCAGAGGAGGAAGGAGGAGGAGGAACAGGAGACAGUCUGGGAGGCAACGCUUACUACGACAAGUCCAAGUCCUUCUUUGACAACAUCUCCUGUGACGAUACCAGGAAAGCAGCUGAAAGGGCUGGAAACACUGGCUUCCCAAGGGAACGGAGGCAGACCUGGGCCGAGGAGAGACGUAUGAACGCAGAAACAUUCGGCAUCCCCCUGCGCCAGAACCGGGGCCGUGGCGGCUACCGGGGCCGCGGCGGGAUGGGCUACCGCGGGGGCAGAGGCCGCUCAGCUAGCAGGGGGUCGUUUGGGCCGCCGCAUGGAGGAGGUGGCUACAGGGGAGGAUACCGGGGCAGCCAGGGAGGACGGGAGUUCGCUGACUUCUCAGAGUACAGGAAGGACAACAAGGUGGCUGCGUAGGGCAGCUGGAAGAAGGAUCCAAGGACAGGUGCAACAACUUGCGCUAUAAAAUUUGUUUUGGUUGCUCCCUUUUUGACUAAAAGAAUGAAGAUUGUGUACUAGCUGAAUAUUGGUCACCAGCACUGGGGUAGACUGCUUGAAUGCAACUUCUUAUCCAUAUCCUUCAAUAAUGGAAACGAUGCAAUCCGUCACAAAAUGUCAAGAUCUCUCUACAAACUAUUUCAAGGUGGCUGACAUUGUGUAUAAAGAUCAUAUUUCAUAGGGAUGACAGUAUUUUUCUUUUCAGUUUCCCCCCCACCCACCCACCCGUUCCUAAACUUGUAUUUGAUAAUAUUCUGUUGGGUGACAAGGGCCUGCUAUCCCACUGUGAUGAUGAAUAACAUAGCUUUAUUUUUGGAAUAUACUCUGUACGUUGGCACCAAAAUAGUCUGUGGUCUCAAUCACAGCUUUCUGCUGUGUAUUUUUCUACUACACAUCUAAACAUACUUGUACCUAGCUAGAUACCCCACUUCUCAAAUAGCGGUACUUAACUUUUUUUUUUUUUUUGUAUCUUGUUCAUCCCUUGUCUGGUUGUCCUCACGCUCCUGUGGUUUCUAACCAAUAGGGAUCCAUCUGGUCGCCAUGACGUUCUUCAUUGAAGUGUAGAGGGGGGGACGUUAGAUGUUGACACGUGGGCUUCUAGUUCUGUCGUAGUUCUGUUCCAGCUGCAUAACUAGGUAUUGGGUUUCAGAUGGGUAAAGGGUCAUAGGAUUUGUGAUGUCCUUCAUAUAUUGUAUAGGCUUAUGCCCUGUACUUAAGGGCUACUGGUAAUGUGAAUAGUUUUAAGAUGCUGCUGUUUGCUACAGUCGACCUAUGUGGACUGACUAAACACUUCAUCUACAUACUUCUUGGCUAAUGGGCCAGUCGAGAAGGGCUGUACUAUGUUAGCGGCCUGGAGAGAAAGCUAUUUAAGACGUUAGCACAAUGUUUUUUUGGGGGGGGGUACUUGCUUUUAUGCUGUGGACACAAAAUGCCAUCAUAUUUCAGUCUAGUUCAGCACCCAUUCUGACAUGAAAUACCUAUGUGUUCCCACAUGCUGAAUCCCUUUUAUAGUACAGCAUAAACUAACCAAGCCAUUUACUUCAUGAUCAAUGUAUGAUUUAGCAAAUUCCAAAAUAACCAAACACCAUUUGAUGCCAUUAACUGGUCCAUGGCACUGCAGAAGGGUUCAUAGCUUGCUAAGUGAUGUCAACGUAAUUAGUCAUCCAAAAUGUUUUGAAUUAAAUAGCUUUUUGAGUUCAGCAAUUUAGCCCUUACUUAGCAAUACACUGAGGUUUAUGUUUUUAAGAUAUGAAUGAUCAGGCAGAAUUGGCAAAAGUUUGACAGGAACAUUAUGAAUUUUCACUGAAUAUUGUCAGAUGCCAAUCUGCAUGAAGUACUUAAAAUAUUGAUUUGGAUCUUGCAGGAAAUGUACACAGUUGCACUUUUACAAUGUUGAAAGUUGUUUUGUAAAGUGGUGUCCUCUGUAAAUCUGUAAAUCCUGAGAUUGUAUUCCAGUACAGUUGUUGAUGACUGUUUAUCUUGUCACGGUACGGUGCCCCCUGCUGACUGUGUGGACACGUUUUCAGUUUGGCCUCUUUGAUUCCUGGAAUAUUGUUUCCUUAACAUGGAUUCUACAGAUGUAUGCGUUUGGCUUUGAAAAAAUUACAGCCUUACUUUGUGUGCAAAUGAAGGGAUGACUGUAAAAGACAGCAAAGUACUUCAGUGUUUCUCAGGAAAUAGGCGUAAUUACUCUUGUAGUGCCUUAAUGCUACAGAAUAACUAGGGUCACCAUUGAGAUGCUAGUAGUACCAAACGUUGGUCAGUACAUUUACAUAUAUUGGAAAUAUGAAACUUGGGCAAUGUAGUGCUCACUGCAGUGUAAAUAAAAUUUGGACAUUGUUUGAACUAGGUGGUCCUUAUAAAAAUUAAAAAAAAAGUUUGUUUUAAAAUUAAACGGACUACUAAAACAGGCACCAAGUUAAAAUUACGUGUUAAAUUCAUUUUUGAAUGAUCUAGCUAUUCUUUUGCAUUAUGGCACAAAAAUAAAUGUGUGACAGUUUUCCCAGUCUGAAACUAAUUUUACAUGAAGUAGAUAACCUAUCUUGGUAGUGUUCUGAUAAAGUUUAGACAGACUCAGUUUAGCAGGAUUAGUACCCUGUCGCAUUUUUUGUCUUGCUCAAUAGUUUUUGUCAUGUCGCAACUACGCUUUCUCAAUUUAUUUGUCAAAAAUGCGUAAGGGGUGUUACAAGGACAUAAGUGGGUGGGUAUCAUGUGCCUAGUGGAAUACUUGCCCUUUACCCCUACGCUACAAAAUUUCGACUGUGGCGUGUCAGAAAUGCACCGAACACUGCAUGAUGGUCCUGCCAGUCAGAAUCCACCAAAAUCAUGACAGGCAAUAACGGACUGUAUCGUCUUGCGGUAGUUGAAGCAUCGAGCACACACACACUCUCCCUACAGACAGAACAAGGUCAUGUUUUUUUCGUUGUUUUCUGAUGGUUAAUGUUCCUAACAGUCUGGAGUCGUAGCUACGUGUUGUGUCUCUAAACCCACCCAGCAUGACGUCACUCAUACGUGCGCCUCGGCAGACUGGGGUUUUUAUUCGCAGCAUAAAAAUAAAACGUUGUUCAUUA